UCUCCCCUUUCUUCGUAUACCCUUUUGAGUUCUAAACUCUAGAACUCUACAUCACCAACUUCUUGUACUAAUAUAAUUCAGCUGUGUUUAGUUUCUUCUCGAUCAAUUUAUUCUAGUAGUAUGGACGGGAAAAGAUUGGAAUACAAAGGCGAGGAGGCAUUGAAGGAGCUUGAGAAGUUAACAGGCAAGGCUGAUGAAGUUCAAGAGAGCAUUUUGAGGGAGAUCUUAGCCAGAAAUGGUGAGACCGAGUAUUUGAAAAAAUACAUGGCUGGAUCAAGCGAUGUCUUGGAGUUCAAGCGACGUGUUCCGGUUAUUACUUACAAUGGUGUUCGUCCCUAUAUCCAGAGAAUCGCCAAUGGCGAAGACUCUUCCCUCAUCAGCGGCCACCCCAUAACCGAGAUGCUUUGCAGUUCUGGCACUUCGGCCGGCGAGCCGAAGAUGAUGCCGUCGAUUGCCGAGGAUCUCGACCGCCGGACCUUUCUGUACAAUCUCAUCAUGCCCAUCAUGAACCAGUACAUCAGUGGACUGGACGAGGGCAAGGCCAUGUUCCUCUACUUUGUGAAAUCUGAAAUGUCAACUCCUUGUGGGUUGCCAGCUCGAACCGUUCUCACCAGCUACUACAAGAGCAAGCACUUCAAGUGCCGAUCACGCGACCCUUUCAACGACUUCACGAGCCCCGACCAGGCCAUCCUGUCCAGCGACAGCAAGCAGAGCAUGUACUGCCAACUGCUCGCGGGCCUCCUCCACCGUCGCCAAGUCCUCCGCCUCGGCGCCGUUUUCGCCUCCGCCUUCCUUCGAGCCAUCUCCUUCCUUGAAGACAACUGGCCAGACUUAUGCCAGGACAUCCGAACGGGACAACUAAACCCUAGCAUCACCGACGCCGAGUGCCGGUCAGCCAUGUCGGUCGUGCUUUCGGCGCCAGACCCGGAACUCGCUGGCGAGAUAGAGGCCAUCUGCGGGCAAUCAUCGUGGAAGGGGAUAGUUUGCCGGCUUUGGCCCAAGGCUAAGUACAUUGAAGCGGUGGUGACGGGCACGAUGGCACAGUACAUUCCGUCGCUGGAAUACUACACCAACGGGGAAUUGCCGUUAGUUUGUACGAUGUACGCUUCGUCUGAGUGUUACUUCGGCGUGAAUCUGAAACCUUUAUGUGAGCCUUCUGAGGUUGUGUUUACCCUCUUGCCGAACAUGGGUUACUUCGAGUUCAUACCUCUGGGAGAAAAUGGGACAUUGUUCAUGGAUCUGGAUGAAGAAGACGAAGUGCCCAAAGAUAAGCUUGUCGACUUGGUGGAGGUCCGGCUUGGCUGCUAUUAUGAGCUCGUGGUUACUACAUUUGCCGGACUAUAUAGAUAUCGGAUAGGAGAUGUUCUCCAAGUGACCGGAUUCCACCACCGAGCCCCACAGUUUCGGUUCAUCUGCCGGAGAAACGUGGUUCUCAGCAUCGACAACGACAAGACCAACGAGGAGGACUUGCACAAGAGCGUCACCAAGGCCAAGAAGCUGCUCGAGCCUUAUGGCGCCUUGCUCGUCGAGUACACCAGCUACGCCGACGCUUCGUCGGUGCCAGGACACUACGUCAUUUACUGGGAGAUCAGGAACUGCUCGCCGACGGCGGUGGCUCCGUCGCUGGAGGUGCUCCGGGAAUGCUGCGCCGCCAUGGAGGAGGAGCUGGAUUACGUGUACCGACGGUGCCGGGCCCACGACAAGUCGGUGGGACCGCUGGAGAUCCGGGUGGUGAAGCCAGGGACAUUCGAAGCGUUGAUGGAUUUGUUCAUCGAGCAGGGAGGAUCCAUUAACCAGUACAAGACGCCGAGGUGCAUCAAAUCGAAUAAUGCGGCUUUGAAGCUGCUUGAUUCCAGUGUGAAGGCUUGCUUCUUUAGCCCUAGAGAUCCAAUGUGGAAACCUUGAAAGAGUUAAUAAUUGUUUCUGGGUCGAUCAUUUUAAUCACUAGCUAGCUAGCUAGGGUUCAUCAAUACCCUUAUUGUUUCCUUUUGUUAAUUCACCAACUGUUUGGAAGAUUCAGUGGCUAAAAUAAUGUCGUGGGACUUUCGUUUUUCAA